GCGGCGAACUGCAAUGAUUCAUACGAAUAUGUAGUCUCAAAAACAGCACACACAUGCAAUUAAGACCUAUAUCAUUACAUUCGAAGUAAUAACAAACACAUAGUACAUAACCCAACCCACCCCCUCCCUUCCCCUCCCCUCUUCUUCCCUUCCCUUCCCUCCCUUCACGCGGUGAACACCACCACCACCUUUCUCGCCCGUCAACCACCACCACCACCACCACCACCACAACAACCAAACAUCAAAAACCCCUGAAACCAAACACCUCCAUCUCCCCAUCGAAAAUGUCCACCACCGCCAGCACCACCACCAACAAAAAAAAGAAACCAAGCAUAAAGCCCCUCCCCCCUUCCCCCCCCUCACCCUCAAGCUCCCGCCCGUCAUCCCCAACAACAGCAAUCCCCCACCGCCCCACAACCAGCGCCACCGAGAACCUCCUCACGUCGAACCGCCGCACCGCGUCGGCUAACUACAUCGCGGCCCAGCGCGCCGAGCAAGCGUACAAAGCGAAGAAGCGGUCCGCGGGCGCGCAGGUGCAGAGAGUGGAGGCGAAGGAGCAUUUCAGGCGUGCGGGAUGGCAUUUGAGGGAGGGGGGGAGGUGUUUGUGGGGGUGCGUGAGGGCGGGGCCGUGGGUGGUUAGGGGGUGGAUUGGGGGUUGGAGGGAGAGGGGGGAGAGGAGGAGGGUUGAGAGGGAUUUGGAGAGGAAGAGGAGGUUGGAGGAGAGGUUGAGGGGGAGGGAGAAGAAGGUGGAGGAGGAUGGGGAGGGUGGUGACGAGGAGGAGAAAAAGGAGGGGGAGGAGAAGAAGGAGUGA